CAAAGAUGGCAGCUUCAGAAGAAGAGCAUGUAAUACACACAGCCAAACUCUCGACGGAUGACAAGCUUGUUUGGGUUCCUCUUUCGCUGACUCUAGUUGAAUAUCCACAAGGUGAUUGGCUGGGUAAAUUUUUAGCCCUUUCAAGUCUUCUACCAUUUGGAAUCAUAUCUGGUUUUGUUGCUCUCAUUCUCUUCAGGAGAGAUUUGCACACGAUAACAUUCUUCUUUGGCACUACACUGAAUGAACUCCUGAACCUCAUCUUAAAGCACACAUUUUGUGAAGCUAGACCUAUGCAGAGGAAUGCACUUUAUACGGAAUAUGGAAUGCCGUCGUCACAUUCACAGUUUAUGUGGUUCUUUGCUACUUACAUAGUAUACUUCGUGUGUAUAAGAUUACACCAUAUGAAUAAUAGUACUCUACUGGAAAAUAUGUGGAAGACAGCAAUAAUUAUUUCUAGUCUGUUUCUGGCAGCUCUCGUUACAGUCAGCAGAGUAUACCUGCAGUACCAUACAUGGAAACAGGUGCUAAGUGGUGCUUUAGUUGGUUUCUUGUUUGGAUCUCUCUGGUUUGCACUCACAUACUUGAUAUUCACGCCUAUGUUUCCACUUGUUGCUUCAUGGAGAAUAUCGGAAUUUUUGCUUCUGCGAGACACAACACUGAUACCAAACGUACUUUGGUUUGAAUACAAAAACAGCAGGCAGGAGGCAAGGGCAAGGAGCAGGAAGCUGGUAUCCAUGAAGUCACAAUGACAGCUGCUAGGCAUAGGAGGCGGCGGCUUGCACCAUGGUGGCUUACUAAGUAGCCUCAUUCACUUCUAUUGGUUACGGAAAAGAUAAUGUGGACGGUGCAAGUAAGUAUGUGUUACAAAGGUCAUUCUCCUGGACACAAGAUACUUCAAUAUGCUGUCGUUAUAUUACAGACAUGGAUGAAAUUGAUAGACAGAGCAGAUCAUCAUGAACAGUGCAGCCUGAAGCAGCAGCUCCAUAGCUUUUAUAAGUAAUAAUAUUAAUUUAUUGCAUUAAAAUAGACUGUAUUUGUGAUUGUUGACAGAUGCCAGUCAUCAGUAAUAACAUUAUUUUAGAACUAAUAUCUGCCCUUUACAUGUAAGAUGGUGUCUUUAAUGUGUCUUGCCCACAGUGUGUUUACCACAAAUUUACCAGAGAUUUUUACGAAGUAUAAGGUUUAUUCAACCUGUAUUGAACUAACUGCAUUUUUUGUUGUAACACUCUUACAAGUGACAAUGUACAAAACUUUACACAAGUAUGUUCCUUUAGCCAUGUUGCAGUAUAAAUUAUUGUUGGCCAUAACUUUUUCUGUGAUGAUUUUUACUGUGCAUUGGUGCAUUGAGUUUUUAAUAUUGUCCUUUUUUUUCUUUUAAAUUGGAGUGAUGUAUUACAAGUUUUGAAUGGUACAUAUUUUUAUACGUGAGCAGUGGGACAAUAUAACCAUCUGUAGCAUUGUCAAAAAAAUGUACAAAGUAAUGAAUAGUGUGUCUAAUUUCAAAUUCAGAACACUUCCAUGUAAUAAAAAUGUGAUCAUGGCAGCUUUUAUGAAUGACUGAAUUUUUGUAGUUUAUUUUUGUGUUUAAAUUUUCCUUUUUUUUAGUGAACAACAUGAUUAUAUUUACCGUGCAGUGAAACCAAGAUUUGUAGACUCCAUGUUUAUGUUUUCCCAUAAAGUUACAUUCUCUAUCUCCAAAUAGUUUACAUUCAGGUUUAAUUUUUUGUGUUUAGUAUACAUUAGCUUCAAUUUUUAAUAAUUUUUUCUAUGUGAACGAUGACUUUUUUACUAAACUACAGUGAUUUUUUUUGUAGAUAUACUCAAAAAAUAAUCAGAUGAGCAUUUACUCAGAAAUUUUACAUGAAUGUGCCAUCUGUAAAGUUAUGAAAUUAUCUGUAAGAAAAUUAAAAGACAAUUUUAAAAUUAUGUGUAAAUUUACAACAAAUGCUCAGUUUGAACACUUGCAUUUAUCCAUUGUUUCAAUUAAUUACUGAUAUUUGCAGAAAUUAGUGUGUUGUUAUACUUAAGUACUUAAUUAUUAUUGGAUAUUUAUUGUAAGUGCUUGAUGAAGUUUUUUGACAGUCUGUACGAAACUUAUAUUUUUGUACAUUCAUCACCUCUGUGACUGAUGAACCACACUUACUACCAUAACAUACAGCACUAGAUAUGAAUUGUAAUUAAAAUUAGUUCCACCUUUUUUUCAGUAUGUUCAAUACUCAGAUUCCGACAAUGGCUAACAGUGACAAUGUGACUCUUCUACUAAUAUGCAUUUGUACAUUAUGAUGAAAUUGUUUUCUUUAUAUUUAUAUACUCUUUUAUGUAAUUGUCAUAUGUAAACCAAAGCUAUUUUGUUAUGUAAAGGCGGUAGGUGUAAUCUUUAUUUGUUCGUUAUGUGUUUGCUGGUAACAUAAUUCCUAAAUGAA